CCGCCAAGCUUCAAAGUGCUGAGCUGCUCCCCAAUGUCGGAUGCCUGGGAGUGCAAGGCACAGGACCCCUUUGCCAGCAGCGAGGAGCAGGACGAGGUCCCCUGCCAGGUGACGGUGACGGACACACGCGGCCAGUGCCAGUGCCUGGAGAAGGAGCCCGACGGGGCUCUCCAGAAGCGGCCGAGCACCCAGAACGGGAUGCAGGACAGUGGGGGCGGGGGCACUGGAGUGAAGAAGAAACGGAAGAAAACGGAUCUGGGAGAGCAGGAAGGGGUAGAAAAAGUAGCUGUGGAGGUGAAACCAAAGAGGAGGAGAGAGCCUAAAGAACCAAAAGAGCCUAAAAAGGCUAAGGAGCCCAAGAAACUGAAGGAGCCCAAGCAGAGGGAGGUGGCCAAGAAGCCCCGGAAGCCUCGGGAACCCAAAGCCCCCAAGGAGUCUAAAGACAAGAAGUGUGGCUCUGAGCCUGCCCCCAGAGCAAGACCCAAGAAGAGCAGCAAGGACACCCCUGUGGAGAAGAAGAAGAAAGGGAAGAGGAAACAUGAGAUACCAGUGGACAGUUUGGACUUGGAUCAGGAUCUCCUGAGCCCAUCUGUGCAGAGCCCAGAGGAGUCUGCGGAGUCUGCUGACAGCCAGAAACGCCGCUCGGGACGGCAAGUGAAGAGGAGGAAGUACAACGAGGACCUGGAUUUCAAGGUGGUGGAUGAUGACGGCGAGACCAUAGCUGUGCUAGGAGCCGGGCGAACCUCUGCGCUCUCUGCCUCUACUCUGGCAUGGCAGGCAGAGGAGCCUCCCGAGGAUGAUGCCAAUAUCAUCGAGAAGAUCCUUGCCUCCAGGAUGGUGCAGAAGGAGGCUCAUCCCGGAGGCCUGGCGUUUGAGAUGGAGGAGUUUUACGUCAAGUACAGGAACUUCUCCUACCUCCACUGCAAGUGGGCAACUUUGGAGGAGCUGGAGAAGGACCCCAGGAUCUCGCAGAAGAUAAAGCGCUUCCGGAACAAACAGGCUCAGAUGAAGCAUAUUUUUACAGAGCCUGAUGAGGAUUUAUUCAACCCAGACUAUGUAGAGGUAGAUCGAAUUCUGGAGGUGGCUCACACAAAGGACCCUGACACCGGGGAGGAGGUGACUCAUUACCUGGUGAAGUGGUGCUCACUGCCCUACGAGGAGAGUACCUGGGAGCUGGAGGAGGAUGUCGACCCAGGGAAAAUUAAAGAGUUUGAAGCCCUCCAAAUCCCUCCAGAAAUCAAGCACAUGGAGCGCCCAGCGUCUGAAUCCUGGCAGAAACUGGAGAAGUCUCGGGAGUAUAAGAACAGCAACCAGCUGCGGGAGUAUCAGCUGGAGGGAAUGAACUGGCUGCUCUUUAACUGGUAUAACAGGAAGAACUGCAUCCUGGCUGACGAGAUGGGGCUGGGGAAGACAAUCCAGUCAAUCACCUUCCUCUCAGAAAUAUUCCUGAUGGGCAUCCACGGCCCCUUCCUCAUCAUCGCACCUCUCUCUACUAUCACCAACUGGGAGAGGGAGUUCCGCACCUGGACGGAGAUGAAUGCCAUCGUGUACCACGGCAGCCAGAUCAGCCGGCAGAUGAUCCAGCAGUAUGAGAUGGUGUACAGGGACACGCAGGGUAACCCUCUCCCUGGGAUCUUCAAGUUCCAGGUGGUUAUCACCACCUUUGAGAUGAUCCUUGCUGACUGCCCGGAGCUGAAGAAGAUCCAGUGGCGCUGUGUGGUCAUUGAUGAGGCGCAUCGCCUGAAGAACAGAAACUGCAAACUCCUGGAGGGGCUGAAGCUCAUGGCCCUGGAGCACAAGGUGCUGCUGACAGGAACCCCCCUGCAGAAUUCGGUGGAGGAGCUCUUCAGCCUUCUGAAUUUCCUGGAGCCACAGCAGUUCCCCUCAGAGACAGCCUUCCUGGAGGAGUUUGGAGACCUGAAGACAGAGGAGCAGGUGAAGAAGCUGCAGUCCAUCCUGAAGCCCAUGAUGCUGCGACGGCUGAAGGAUGAUGUAGAGAAGAAUCUGGCACCCAAGCAGGAGACCAUCAUUGAGGUGGAGCUGACCAAUAUCCAGAAGAAAUACUACAGGGCCAUCCUGGAGAAGAACUUCUCCUUCCUCUCCAAGGGUGCCAACCAGCACAAUAUGCCCAACCUCAUCAACACCAUGAUGGAGCUGCGGAAGUGCUGCAAUCACCCGUAUCUCAUCAACGGGGCAGAGGAGAAGAUCCUGGAAGACUUCCGUAAAACACACAGCCCAGAGGCACCAGACUUCCAGCUGCAGGCCAUGAUCCAGGCGGCUGGGAAGCUGGUGCUCAUUGACAAGCUGCUUCCCAAGCUGAUCGCCGGUGGGCACAAGGUGCUCAUCUUCUCCCAGAUGGUGCGCUGCCUUGACAUUCUGGAGGACUAUCUCAUUCAGAGGCGGUACACGUAUGAGCGUAUUGAUGGGCGUGUGCGCGGGAACCUGCGCCAAGCUGCCAUCGACCGCUUCUGCAAGCCCGACUCGGAUCGCUUCGUCUUUCUCCUGUGCACACGGGCAGGGGGGCUGGGCAUCAACCUGACUGCUGCCGACACCUGCAUCAUCUUUGAUUCGGACUGGAACCCACAGAACGACCUCCAGGCUCAAGCUCGCUGCCACCGAAUCGGGCAGAGCAAAGCGGUGAAAGUCUAUCGCCUCAUCACCAGGAACUCCUAUGAGCGGGAAAUGUUCGACAAGGCCAGCCUGAAGCUGGGCCUGGACAAGGCUGUGCUGCAGGACAUCAACCGCAAGGGCAGCACCAAUGGGGUUCAGCAGCUCUCAAAGAUGGAGGUGGAGGACCUGCUGCGGAAGGGUGCCUACGGCGCGCUCAUGGACGAGGAGGAUGAAGGAUCAAAGUUCUGCGAGGAAGACAUUGAUCAGAUCCUCCAGCGCAGGACGCAGACCAUCACAAUUCAGUCCGAGGGGAAGGGCUCCACCUUUGCCAAGGCCAGCUUCGUAGCAUCAGGAAACAGAACUGACAUUUCCUUAGAUGAUCCCAACUUCUGGCAAAAGUGGGCCAAGAUAGCAGAGCUCGAUACAGACGCCAAGAAUGAAAAGGAGAGCCUGGUCAUUGACAGGCCUCGGGUGCGGAAGCAAACCAAACACUACAACUCCUUUGAAGAGGAUGAGCUGAUGGAGUUCUCCGAGCUGGACAGUGACUCAGACGAGCGACCCACGCGCUCGCGGCGCUUCAAUGAGAAGACACGGCGGUACCUGCGGGCUGAGUGCUUCCGUGUAGAGAAGAACCUGCUCAUAUUCGGCUGGGGACGCUGGAAGGACAUCCUGACCCAUGGGCGGUUCAAGUGGCACCUGAAUGAGAAGGACAUGGAGAUGAUCUGUCGGGCCUUGCUGGUCUAUUGCGUCAAACACUACAAGGGGGAUGAGAAGAUUAAGAGUUUUAUCUGGGAUCUCAUCACACCGACGAAGGACGGCCAGAACCAGGCUCUGCAGAAUCACUCAGGCCUGUCAGCACCCGUGCCCAGAGGCAGGAAGGGGAAGAAGACGAAGAACCAGAUGCUGCUUCCCGAGAUAAAGAACGCGGACUGGCUCGCCACCUGCAACCCUGAGGUCGUCCUCCAUGACGACAGCUACAAGAAGCACCUCAAACAGCACUGCAACAAGGUUCUGCUGCGGGUGCGAAUGCUCUACUACCUGAAGGCUGAAGUGCUGGGGGAGGCCGCGGACAAAGCCUUCGAGGGGACCCCUGCCAGGGAGCUGGAUGUGCUGCUGCCGGACAUUGACUACGUGGAGAUCCCCGUGGACUGGUGGAACGCUGAAGCCGAUAAAUCCCUGCUUAUUGGUGUCUUCAAGCAUGGUUACGAGCGGUACAACGCCAUGCGGGCCGACCCAGCGCUGUGCUUUCUGGAGAAGGUGGGCAUGCCCGACCAGAAGCUGCUCUCUGCGGAGCAGGGCGUCAGCGACGGGGCCCAGGAUGCUGCUGAAAGGGGCAGUAUGGAGAAGGAAGAGAGCAGUGGAGAAAAGCUGGAGGGGCUGCCAAAGCAGGAGGACAUUGUGGCUGCUGGGGGGGGGGGCGGCAGCGGGGAGCGUUUGUGGCAGGAUGGCUCCGACUCAGACAGAUCCUGCUGGCCUGUCUCAUCUGCCCUCACAGCCAGACUGCGGAGGCUUGUCACUGUGUACCAGCGCUGCAACCGCAAAGAGCUGCCUCCCCGCGCCGAGAUGCUGGUGCCCGGUAACCAUGGAUACUGGCUGCAGGACGAGAUGUUCAGGAGAGCCUCUGAGAUGGACUCGGUGAACAAAGAACUGCAGAAAAG